UAGAGUCACCACUUCUUUGCUAGGGUCAAUUCACCAUGGAUGUUGAGAGUAAUGCAGUAAAAGAUGCAUGUGUUGAUAUGCUAAAGGGUGGACAGCGCCAAAUGAGGUAUAGGCUGAAAAAAGUACUUCACUGGAGUUCCUGCAAAUCAAGUGAGGACUACAUCACCUGUUUCAUGUAUGACUGAUGAUCAAUGGAGAGAGUUGGUACAAAUGUGGUCUAGCCCAAACCACAAGAACAAUUGUGUGAAGAACAAACUUAAUCGUGAGAAGGUGCAAUUUCCACAGUGCACAGGAUCUCAAUCAUAUGUUGCAAAAGCUUAUGUAGUGAGACAAGAAAAAUAUAAAGAUGUCAAACCUAGUGCAAUUGAUCUUUUCAAGGAGAUGCAUUGCAGCAAGAAAAAAGGAUUUAGUGAAGUUGUUCAGAAAGCCAUAGGUGAUAUGGAAGCAAUGGUGGCAACACCAGCUGAAGAUGGACAGCUUGCAAAGUCUGCAACAGAAGUUGUUUCCAAUGUGCUGCCGGGUUCAAGUAAAUUUCUUCACAAUGCUGGCCCUUUGCCCUCCUCCAAGAGAAGCAACACAGGGACUGUUUCAGCAAGAAUGCAAGACCUUCGGUCUCAAUUGGUCAAUGAGAGGUGAGAAAAAGAUGGACUUCGAGAAGAUAUGGAUACCUUAAAAGCCAAGUCACAAGCAUCUGAGGCAACCAUUGCUAAUCAAUCAACUGAGAUUGCAGAUUUAAAGAAGUCCUUAGCAGAAAAUAGCAUCCUACUUCGACAGAUAUUAAGUAUUAGUCGUGAUCAGGUGAAUCCUUAAGCAUGCUUGCUAAGAUGCUGGUGUCAACCAUCCUGAAGACACAUCUCACAAAACUGUGGACCUCUUUUUAUCCUUAUGUUUGCUAUAUGGAACUGCAACUUACAGUCUAUUAUAUGUGUUCUCUUGCUAUAGAGUUUUAGUACUUGUCUGGUUAAAGAAUUAUGAACCAUGUUCUUUUGUGUGUUGGACAUAUUAUGCUUGAAAUAUAUGGAUGUUGGAAAAAGUUGUGACUUUGGAUGAUUGUGAAAUAUAUGCAUUAUGUUU